AUACCUCCACACACACUCACACAAGCAUGUUUUCAAAGUUCAGACACCUCAAACAGACUGCCAGGAAGAAAAUGCCGCUCACAGGAUCACUGCUGACCAGCAGAUCUAGAAGGCACUGCUUUAGCUGUUAACGGCGGGAGUGGACACCGAUUUUAGACAGACAUUCCAAUCCAGUGAUCCCUUCUCAUAUCAGCAAACUGGACAUUUGCAUUAGAAGAGAAGAGCCAUGAAGAAAUUUUUUUCUUGCUCGACAUCUCCUCUGGGCGCAGAGAGGUGGGGAAAGGAUGAUCAGAAACUUCUUAAAGCAGUAGACAAAGGAGAUGUGAACAAGGUCUCAGCAGUCCUUUCUCGCAGAACUAUAAAGCCCACCAAACUUGAUGAGCAAGGGCGUUCAUCGUUUCACAUGGCAGCAAUGCGAGGUGCUGCUGAAUGUCUAGAGCUGAUGCUGACUCACGGAGCAGAUCUUCACGCUAGAGAUGACAAUGGCUGUAGUGCUCUUCAUCUUGCUGCAAAAUAUGGGCAACCUGAUUGCAUUAAAGCUCUCAUUCAACAUGGAAUCCCAGUGGAUUUAACAGACAACACUGGACGUACAGCUUUACAUUACACUGCUCAGUCAGGAUGUGUACCAUCAUCAUCUUUAUUAUGCAGUAAUGGAGCACCUGUUAAUAAGCCUGACAGGGACGGACUGACAGCACUCAUGAUAGCUGCUCAGGAAAAUCAGCAGAGUGUGUGUGAAGAACUACUGCAGCAUGGAGCAGAUGUCAACACCACUGAUCACUUGGGCAGGACAGCCCUAAUCCUGGGAUGCAUGUCAGACUCUGUGCAGGCUGUGGCAGUGCUGCUUAGGCAUGGAGCGGAUUCUGAGGCUGUGGACAGCAUGGGUCUUGAUGCCGCUCACUAUCUGAAGGUAUCUGGAAGUGAAGAAAUUGUCAGCUUGCUGCGGAAAGGACAACAAAAAUUGCAAGCAGCAGGGAGUUCUGAUGAAGAGUCCUCACAUCUGUCACAGAAACCAUGCAAUACUACAGAAGAGAUUAAAGUGAAUUCAGCAAAUAGAGGCUCGGUUUCUGAUUGCUACAGCAAAAGACUUGAAGAGGACAAAGUGGCAGUGGAAGAGGAAGUCCAUGUUGCACAGUCUCCGAGAAAGGACUUGACAUGUUCCACAGACACUGAAAGACACAGGCAAGAAGAGGAAUGGACAGCAACAAAAAGACUUCGAACAGAACUUUCAUUAAAAAGACAGGAGUGUGAAUACCUAACAUCUGAGAUUGAGGCCUUAAGAGGCCAACUAUGGCAACAAACCCAGUCUUUGAGUCUGCUUUUAUUGAACGAAGGGGUGAAGAUAGUGAACUGCACUGAUGCAGAAGAAGAAGAAGAAGAAGGAGAAGGUGAACUAAUCUACAAUCUUCUGAUGGAGAGAUUAGCCAGGCUGCUUCAAGAGAAGAAACAGCAGGUAUGCAAAUAUACAGAAAUACAGAAAGGAGAAGACACUUCUGGAAAGAACAGGAGACAUAGAGAGAGUGUAGAGGCUGUCGAUGUGCAGCAACAGCAGGAAGUCUUGAAUAAGCUGAAAGUGGCCCUGGAGGAUAAAGCUAAUUCGGAGAAGCGCAUUUUAGAGAUUGAAGGUCAUCUUGACAAUAUGCGAGCAGUAUUGUCCCAAUAUGAAACUCGCAAAAGGAUGCAAAGCAGUGUUAUUGAGGAGUUGGAACUACAGGUCUCUGAAUCUGCUACAGAAAACGAAACGCUGAAGAUGAAGCUGCAAGAGCUCCAGAGCAUGUUAGAGACUGAAAGACAUGCAGUAGAGGAGAGCAUCUCUUAUCAGGAGUACAGAAAAGGAAAAGAGGCUCUAGCUGGUACCAUUUUAGAACUGCGUGGGUUGCUCUCUGAAAUGAGGGUAAAUUAUUCUGAAGCCCUGAAGGAGAAGGAAGAAAAAUGCUGUGAGAUUCAACUACUGCAGUUGGAGCUUGACAGCCUCAAGCAAAGACUUCAAUCAGACUUCAUCCCAGUUGACGAUUAUAGAAGAAGGAAGAAAUCAUGGGAAGGAACUGUAAAUGAGCUGGAAAAGUUAGCGUUAAAACUGAGUGAUGACAAUCGGAAUCUUCAAACUCAAUGGACACAUUCAAAGGAAGCACAAGAAAAUGAGAGUGAUUUAAGAAUUGCCAGUGCAGGGAAAGAAGUGACUUCUCUAUCCAAUGCUGAGAGUUUAUCCUGCCCUACAAUAACAGUUGCAAGGAGUGAAAGUAACUAUGAGACUGUCAAGCUUACUGUUAGUAAAGAGAAAGGUAUCAAAGACUCUCUCAAAAAAGAUCAGUUACCAAAGCAAAAUGUGGGAAAUGACCCUAAUAAAGAUAAAGUGGCACAGACACAAGACAGAUCUGAAGCAUUGUCUAAAGAUCAGGAAUUCAUUCAAGGAUUAUUUUCUUUUCUUUUCAACACUCUAGAACAGAAUGCCUGUGACAUGCAGAUGAGUCAUUCUGAAGUCCAGAGGUCAAUGGAACCAAUUGAAUCUACCUCCUACCCAAUAGCCAAAACUGAAGAUUCUAAUGAAAGGACAACCAGAAAUCUAGAAACUAAUACACUGGAAGGUCUGCAGAGUUCUUUGGAUUAUCCAGAGUUUGAAAAAAUGGAAACACAAAAUUUUUGUUGUGCAAGCACAAGUGUAAAGGAUGAAACAAAUUCUAGAAAAAAAGAAUUCCUAAAUGAUGGGAAAAUCUUGGUUGAUGAUGAGAAUAAUCUAAAACAUGUUAAUCAAAAGUUAUCAAGUACUUGUGAAACAGAGACAGCACUAGCCAAUGCAAUCUCUGAGAAUGAGAGUUUGAAAGAGCAUGUUGUAUCUCUGGAAGAAGACCUGGCUGCAGAACAACAGGUGUCAAAAAAACUGCAGUCCAACUUAGAAGCUCAAAAAAAUGAAAUUCGAGCACUAAAGGAAGCCUUCCCACCUGAAAUACUGAAAGAAGACAACAGGGAACAGGGAAUGGAGCGAGGAAAUGGGGACAAAUUUGAUUCAGAUAUAAUAGAAGAGCUAUACUGGAACAUUGGAUGCCUGGUCAAACGGUACCAAGAAUGUGAAUCCAAAGUGUGGACUGCAAACUUCCAGGAGAAAGAACAUAUUAAUAAAUCAACACAGACAAGCCAGGAGAUUCAUUCCUCUGAUACAUUAGCAUCAGAGUUUUCUGAGGCAUUGACAAAAAUCAAAGAACUAGAGAUAGACUUAGGAAAAUGUAAAAAUGAGACUGUCAGUAAAGAAGCACACAUGAAAGCCAUAUCCUCUUUGGAGAUAAAGGUAAACAGUCUGCAGGAAGAGAUUGAAUUAAUGGAAGGACAUCUGGAGAAGGGACAAACUGAACUUAGCUGUCUCCAAGAUGAGUUGAACCACACCUACAAAGAGGUAACAACACUGGAAGCUAGAGAGAGGCAAAGGCUUGAAGAAACUGCAUCUUUAGAAAAACAAGCUCAAGUACAAGUGAUGGACCUCUUACAGAAAUAUGAGCAGUCCCUGCAAGAGACAGCUUCCUGGAAAGACUGCGCACAAAAAGAAUUGGACUUGAGCCAAGAAAUGAAGAAUAGGGUGUCAGCUUUGGAAAGACAAGCAGAUGAGGCAGAGUAUGAAACACAGAGGAUGACUGACAGAGUGUUCCAAAUGCAAACACAGGUGGAACAAUGGGAGAAGAAAUACAAGGAGAAACAGUAUGAGAACACUAAUUUACAGGAACAGCUAGAGAGACUGAUGAACCUGAAUACAUCAUUUCAACAGGAAGUAGCAAGUCUGCAGAAUCACUUAGAGGUACUGAAAACACAACACCAAGAAGUGAUAUCUGUUUACCGAUACCACCUUCUGAGUGCUGCACAGGGCAUGAUGGACAAAGAAAUUCAUCUGAUGUUGCUGAAGAUUCACAACCUACAGAGAAAAAUAAUCUACUGAGAGUAGGCAGCUCACUGUUGCUGUUGAGAACUUUUGUAUUAAUACUUCCUUAAGUAUUGCACCUUAUUGCCAAAAAUAUAAUGAAAAUCGUGUAAUGCUUGAAGAAACUGGCAAAGAGAAGAAAGCUAAGAGAAGAAACCCUUGAGAAUGUGCAUAAUAAUUUUUUUUACAUAACCACAGCUGAAAAUUGCUUUCAUUUUUGGAGCAGUCAACAUAUGAAAAUGUGAACAAUGUGACAAGGCAUCUGGAAUGUACUCUCCUGAGGGUAGUAAAGAGCAUAAAUAUUUUAUUGCUGUAAAUCCUCAAACUCUGUGUACAUGUUUAGGAAAAAAUUAUUUCAUCACUGUUUCUUCAAACAGACCCUUUUCAAACUCCCUAAGAUAAACCAGAGGAAAUUAAAUUUUGAGAUUUGCAAAACACAAGUAGGCAGGGGUUUGUGUGUGCAUCAAACAUUGUACUGUAGAAUCUUAGAAAGGAAUGCAAAUUAGAAUAAUGAAUUACUUCCUGAACUUUUGCUGAGCAAUAAUUAAUUGAACUAAAAAGAAAGGAUUUUAACAAGUUAUAAGUUUUUGGAUAAUAAAAGAAUGCAAAACAUAAGCAAUAUAAUGACAUUCAAAAUCAUUGAUCUAUCAAUUUUCUUAUUCAACCAUUAAAGAAUUUAAGGUUUAACCCAAUAUUACUGGGAACAUGGCAGCAACCUGUUAUGGAUGACAUACAGGCCAGUCACAGGGCUCAGUCAAUCAUAUCAGAUAAAUUCAGAUAUGCCAUUUAAAAUUGUCAGGUAACCUUUUCUGUUCUGAUAAAACUCCCACAAGCAGAAUAAGAAAACCACAUACAGGCAAUGAGAAGACUGGCAGUGGACAGUACAAACUUAAAACUGUAAGACGGUACUCUGUAUCCCAGUACCAUCAUCAAUUAGCAUACUGCCCAAGUUCUUACAAUAUUUUCUUAAUCCAACCAAGAGUAGAUCUUCCAGCUUUGCAUGCAAAGCAAAAGCCAGGCCUGAAGAAGACACCAGUCCACUGCAGAGUGCACUUAUUCAUACAUCUGCACUCCAUCAUACUGAGCGAAACAAGAGUUGCCAAUAAACCUAACCUGCAUAUAAUAGCAAACAUUGAUAUGCAGAAAAUGUAUAAGUUAAAUUUUAAAUGGUUUGCAUCUACAAAAAUUAAUUUAUAUAUAAGCAUGUAUCCAUCCAUCCAUUUUUCUAACCUGUGCAAAGGUGUGGAGGAGCUGGAGGUUGGACAAGGCAGGGUGAACACACAUGGGCCAAUUUAGCAAUGCCAGUUCACGUAGCCGGCAUGUCAUUGGACUGUGAGAGGAAACUAGAGCACCCAGAGGCAACCCAUUUGGACAUGGGGAGAACAUGCAAACUCCACACAGGGAGCACCCGGGAUGCAAACCCCUGUCUUCUUACUGAAAGACAGCAGGACUAGUACCAUAAUGCCCCACAUAAUAUAUACAUGUUUUCAUUAUUCUUACUACAUUUCAUUGACAUUCUUGUCCAAUGCUACUUACAAACUUCAAGAUACAUAAAGCACAGUCAGCUUAAGUGACUUGUGGACACACAGUGAGUCACAACCUUCAACUUUAGGGUUUAAUGUUCAAUACUUUAGCUACAACACCAACCAACCAGACUACACUUACUGUAUAUAAGAAGAGGAUAUAUAUACAGUGUAUUGUAUAUAUUAAAAAAGUAGCAAUGACAAGAAGCACUUUUCAUCAAGGAAAUAUAAAUUUUGGUACAUAUGAAAGAAGGUAACUACUUUUGAGAAUAAGCAUGAGACACAACUUAAAGUACUAUAAAGUACCUAUUCAACAGUAAGCAAAAUCUACUCUCUGCAGAGGGUACUGCUAAACACUGAUUUAUUUGUAGGCCUUUUUAACUGAUCAGUGUUAAUUCUUCUAUGGAAUGAACAUGAAAUAAGAAAUUUAAUGAUACUUUUAACCAAGCUGACACUUCAUAAAAUCUUUUAACCAAGCUGCACUGUUGCUUUUCAAGAGCUAAUGUAGCAUGUUUGUUCUGGCUUAAAAUGUCCUUAAAUAUUUUCAUAUUCCUCAAAUAAAUAAUGAUUGAAGUAUGCAAGCAGUAAAUUCUUUACUUUGCAUUUUCUUUAUUAACCUUUAAGAUUUUUUUUUGUAAUCUGCAAUACUUCACAUGUUUACUAGCAUCUGCUUGGUAUGGAUUAAAAACCACCUUCAGAAAUGUAUAACAUUAUUUCAAAUAAAUACUCAUAUUGUCUGAAAAAACAA